GCCCGGCUAUCUCUGUCUCUCUUUCGAACAAAAUUUCUAACUUUCCUUUUCCCACCACACCUCGCCUUAUAAACACCUCUACUUUUUUUCCCAAAAGAACCCAAAUCCCAACCUCCAAAAAACCAUCGGCCUCAUCCACAGCCAGCAGCCGCAGCAGUAGCACACCGCCGCCACCACAACUAUAACGUAUUUCUACAAAAGGCUAGAAUCUCUAAAGCAUGUCACUCCUUGACACAACCCGACCUUCCACACCAGGCAAAUUAAAACAAGAAAAAUCAUUACUUUACCUCCAAACCCACCACCAACGUUCCCUCCGCCUCUACUCUUCACUCUCCAAAUUCGCUCUCUCAUCUUUCUUCUUUCUCAUUAUAUUCCUCUUCUUUUCCCUCCUUUCCUCUCCUUCCUCUCCCUCCAACCGCAGCAAAAUCACCAACUCCCUCCCUGGAGGCUCUCAGUGGGAGAAAAAAGUCCUCAAAUCGGCGCGUCCCAAAUUACGCGCCGGCUUCACCGUCUUUGUCACCGGUGCCGCCGGUUUUGUAGGCACCCAUGUCUCUGUUGCUCUGAAGCGGCGCGGCGAUGGUGUUCUUGGACUUGACAAUUUCAAUCAUUACUACGAUGUUAAUUUAAAACGAGACCGACAAAAGGUACUUGAACGAUCAGGGGUUUUCGUUGUUGAAGGAGAUAUUAAUGAUGUUAAGUUGUUGCAGAAACUUUUUGAUGUUGUUUAUUUUACUCAUGUUAUGCAUUUAGCUGCUCAAGCGGGGGUGCGUUAUGCGAUGCAGAAUCCUAAGUCUUAUGUGAAUAGUAAUAUUGCUGGGUUUGUUAACUUGCUCGAGGUUUGUAAAUCAGCUGAUCCACAGCCUGCCAUUGUGUGGGCGUCAUCGAGUUCUGUCUAUGGGCUUAAUAAAAGAGUACCCUUUUCGGAGAAGGAUAGGACUGAUCAGCCUGCGAGUUUAUAUGCAGCGACUAAGAAGGCAGGUGAAGCGCUUGCGCAUAGUUAUAAUCAUAUUUAUGGUCUUUCGAUUACUGGGUUGCGGUUUUUUACAGUUUACGGGCCUUGGGGAAGGCCUGAUAUGGCGUAUUUCUUUUUUACUAAGAAUAUUUUGAAGGGGAAGGAGAUUGGUGUAUAUGAGACUGCUGAUGGAAAGAGCGUGGCUAGGGAUUUUACUUACAUUGAUGACAUUGUGAAGGGGUGUCUAGCAGCGUUGGAUACAGCAAAAAAUAGUACUGGGAGCGGAGGGAAGAAAAGGGGACCAGCGCAAUUGAGGGUGUUCAAUUUGGGGAAUACAUCGCCGGUGCCUGUGAGUAAGCUUGUGAGCAUAUUGGAGAAACUAUUGAAGGUAAAGGCUAAGAAGAAGGUGUUACCUUUACCUAGAAAUGGGGAUGUGGAGUUUACGCAUGCCAAUAUUAGUUCUGCCCAGAGGGAGCUUGGAUAUAUGCCAACAACAGAUUUGGAGACGGGGCUCAAGAAGUUUGUGAGAUGGUAUGCUGGUUAUUUUUCAGGGUCAAAGAAGAAGAAAUCCUGGUGAAUUAUACAUGACUUGCUUUGAAUUUGAAUUUUAUCAUGUUGAAAUAUACUUUGCCAACUUGUCAUUGCUUAUGAUAUAAGGAGGACUAUUUGUCUUGCAAUGCAUUUGAUAUGCUAGGUGGAAGCAUAUUCUUUGCAGGAGAUAUCUGAUCGUCUCAGUAGAAGUGUUUUAUUCAUUGUUUUUUUUUCCACAGGUUACUUUAUUUGUUUUAGGUUUAUAGUCUUAGAAAAUGAAAUUAUUGUUGGAAAAUAAUUUCAAGAUGAGUUCUGAUGUUAAAUUAUUCUGCUCUUGAUUUUGGAUUGGUGCCCUUUGAGCAGCCUUUCUUCAUGUUAUGGACAUUGCCUUCUUUUAUCAUUGAAAAAGCAGCUAAUCGAGUCAGGCAUUCAACUA